GAGCGUGGCACGGCGGCAGCUUUGCAAAGCCUCCGCCGCGCUUGCAGAAACCCGGGCAGAGCCACCUAUGAGAUGGUUGCCGCUUUCAGGUCCAAAGGCAACCCCCGAAAGGAGUUGCUGCGCAAGUGGAUCGCGUCUGGUGAGUGCGUCACAAAGUGCACCAUCUCCAUCAUCAAGGAGAGCCGGCAUGAUGAGCCCACGCCCUAG